CGCCGCAGUCUCAAGAUGCACGGUGGAGCAAACAACAAUUUUUGACAAUCCUCAAGAAUCAAAAAUUUAAAGAACGGUUAUUUGAGAGUAGAGAGAAUAAUCAAGCUGGAUUAAAUUCUCGGUAAAACAAGAGGUCAUCGACCUUCGGACAGCAGAGCUUUGAUUCAAGUGGCCGUGAGAGAAUUUCAAGAAGAGAAGGAGGGAAGGCAAAAGUGCACGUCUACCUUCUGAAGAGAUUUCGCUUAUCAGAAUACACUUGAGGGCUAAUUUUAAGCCCUUUUCCGAAGACGAGGCUCGUGUCGAGGACUUUUAGGUCAUUGUAAUGAUCAGCCAUCAUGGCGUGGCUGGCAGCGACGACCCUGACGAGUCUCCUGAUCCUGCUGCUGAUGACGUUUGCAGCAUGUUCCUCGUCCAGGAUUUUCGCCACCACCCAGGCACCGUUUGGCAGAAUUCUGAAGGCCGUGAAACUGCACGGAGGAUACAUGGAGGUGAUCCAGGAGCAGAGAUGUUCCCACGGUCUGCUCCGAUUGACGUGCAGAUCAUUGAAAGCAUUUAUAUUCAUCUUGGAAGCGGAAUAUCACGCGAAUCAUACAGAGCUAUGUGUGAAAGAAUCGAAAAGCUUGGAAGAGCUCAGAAUGUGGAAGCACAAAGGUAGCACACGACGAUGGACGAACAUCAGAGAACUUAAAGGGAAUUAUAUCCUUGACGACGAAUACGACAUAGUCGACAUCAUCGAUAUUCGAUCGUCUUUAAAUAGAAGAUGCUCCGGCCUGAAACAUUGUCGCUAUAAUGCGACUCUUGAACAUCCAGGAGCGCAUUCUUGGGUUCCAGGAGAAAUCUUUUUAAAAUACGCCUGCAUACCGGAAGCUGCGGUUAAGCGAUACUGCAAUCAAGAGGUAAAGGUGACCAGCGAGGAAGGAGGUUACAUCAACACGCCAGGCUAUCCGCUAUAUUAUCCCGGGGAAAGCACGUGUGGAUGGACCUUCAGAACAUUUCCGGGUCAAAGGAUAGUUCUGACCUUUCAUGAUUUAAACAUCCGCGGUCCACAAACGGACGGAAGCUGCAUGGACAUCGUACAAGUGCGAGAUCGUGGCAGCACUCUCUUCGAGUUCUGCGGCACCGCAGCGGGAACACGAAUCGUCUCGAACUCGAAUAUGUUAACUCUCGACUUCAUCGCUUCCAGGAGACUCUACAGUGCCCGAGGCUUUCUGUUGCAGUAUCAAGUGUUAGGCUGUUCGGAGGUCUUGGCGCCGAACGGAAGUUACGUGUCGAACGGUACAUUGACUUCGCGGACAUUCCUAUGCAAGUCGGGCAGCGUGUUUCCCGACAGCAUGGAGAAAAAAAGAACGCUCGAAUGCAAAAAUGGCGAAUGGAAUGAGACUACUUCCAAGCUGCCUAGCUGCGUAGCCACGUCAGCGGUGAUCCUAAAGACAGAGAACGAACAUCAUCACCUGUCGAGUCUAUCUGGGGAUAAUAUCCUCGGGACGGGGGUAAGAAUAGGACGUGGCGAGGACGCAGUCGCGAGUGGUAGCAGCAGCCCCGUUAUGGAUUCGGCGCAAUCGGCCAUGAUGAAGCAAGCGGACUACGUCGUAGACGUUGUGCUGCCAACGGUCCUAAUUGCUUUGCUGUUUGUCGGCAAUGCGAUCAUUGUUUAUAUCAUCUUCCAAUAUAGAAAGAGAAGACUUCCAGCUACGACACAAAGUGAAGAAAUGGCCCUUCAGGGUCCAACAGAUGUACCCCAAGUGUGAUUUCAGAAACUUUGACUGAUCACACACAUGGCCAUCGAUACCAACGAAAAAUCAUCGAUGUCCACAAGGAAGUUAUCGUGAAUAAGUCUGUCACGGGGUCAAUCCCUGAAGAACUUCAAAGUUAUCGCGAUGAAUCCGCUCGAUUAAUUAAAAUCACGCUCGAAAAAGCGGAGAGAAAAGAAAAUGUCUUUUCAAGGACAAUGUUUUUGCCAUGCAUUUAGUGCAAAAAGUGACUGUUUCAAUUCUGAAAUUUUCUCUUAUAAUAUAUUGACAUUAAUUCUGAAAAAAUUCAAAAUUAAACAACACUGUAUUUAAUACUAAAUUGUAUGAAGAAAUAUAUGAAGUAAAAAUUAACUGCUUCGAAAUGUCUACAUUUCUCUACAUACAAUUGUCAUCCUAUGUUUACAGCACAAAUGUAUCUUUAAACAUAUUUUUUAAAGAUUUCAUUUAAAGAAAUAUUCAGAAAUGUAAGCAGCCACUUUUAAACCUAAAAUAAGACCCAGUGUUUCCAAGUGCCGUUUUAAAUAUAAACGGACUAUAUUGGUUCGAUACUGUGUAACUUACGAGCCUAUUACGCCAUGACCUUACAUAUACAUUUACGUUAUACUGUAUUAUAAUGUAAGGAAAUAAUAUAUUCUAUAUUUCGUCCAGA